AUGUGUGAGUACACUUUAGAAGGACUCAGACGGCUAAACAACAAAAAACGGGUGGGGGCAGGAGACUCUGGCGCACAAUUGGCCAAUGCUAUGAGAGCGCCCACUAGGGUCGUGAGAUCUGAUGAGCCCUCUCGAGUUAUUAUUUCAAAACAAGCCUCAGUUUCAACUACACACUCGGCACACCAGUCACAUAAUACCUCUACUCAUGUGGCUCCACAAUCUGGUUAUACUAUAUCUACACCCACUGUGGUACCUCGUUCGGGUUACCAAACAUUGCAGGGCUAUUCACAUCUUGGUCGUUGGUCUACCAUACCAUCAACUAGUGCUAGUCAGUGCAAUAGUUUGAAUACUAGUAGAGGAUCAAUUGGACUUUCCAAUCUUCAUCUCGAAUCCAAUGGCUCAGAGCCUAAUGCUCCCACCACCCAGCACUCAGAUGCACAUGGUCCUCAGCCAGGAGAUAGAGACAAUUUUCGGAGACUCGUCAUCGAGCCAUUAGGAUACAACUUACGUCCGGAUGUGGGUAUGGCAAAGAAUAUUUUAAAGUGCAUCGGAACUCAUUAUAAUGGUGUGUAUCCGAAUUGGAGUUCGAUUCCACUUUAA